AGUCUCACUAUCAAGGAGGGACAUAAAACCUGUCUGAUGAGUUAUAUGGCACCGCCACAGCAUGAUAUUUAAUUAUGCCUAGAUUUCCAUUUGGACCCGUUUGUAGCCGCUUCUUUAAAAUGCUUCAUUUUUUCAUCUUAAUUCUUAACAUUUCAAAGGGCAGAUCAAAUAAUGCAGACGUUGUGGCUCAGAAUCACCUGAAGAUUGUUCAAGCUGGAGACAGUGUAAAUUUCGCCUGUAUUUUUCAAAGAGAUACAAGACCCACCAUGGUUUGGGUCAAACAAAAAGUUGGAGAGAAGCCCCUUCUGAUCGUAAAAUCAUAUCAGGGUUUACCUGCCAAAUUUGAGAAUGACUUUGACAAACAUAAUCGCUUUUUUGCAGCGAAAAAUGACAGCAGUUUUAAUCUGAGGAUCACAAACACAGAAGAAUCAGACACUGCAGCAUACUAUUGUGUUAAAUAUUUAUACGAUUUCAAAUUUGAAAAAGUCACUGAUCUUAUUGUUAAAGGCAAACAACUGAACAUGCAGUCUGACCAUCAGACACCUGCCACAGAUCCAGUGCAUCCAGAAGACUCUGCAGUGGCGCUGCAGUGCACUGUCCUCACUCAGAGCUGUGCAGGAGAACACAACGUCUACUGGUUCAGACGUGAAUCUGGAGAAUCUCCUCCAGGAAUUAUAUUCACUCUGGAGCGCAGGAACGCACAAUGUGAGAGGAGAUCUGAUGUGAACUCUACUGCACACAAAUGUAUCUACAGCCUGCCCAAGAGGAACCUCAGUCUCUCUGAUGCUGGGAUUUACUACUGCGCUGUGGCCGCAUGUGGAGAGAUACUGUUUGGAGAUGCAAGAAAACCUAUCUUGCCAGGUUUUCAGACACCUUGGAGUAUAAUUUCCCUGGUUUUGGGAACUUUAAACUGUUUAUCAGCAAUUGUGAUCAUAUUCUUGUGCACACAGUUGUACAAGCAACGACGAAAAGAUGGGACUCAGAAUAUUCAGAUUGGUCACUUAAUGGAUGAAGACCGAGAUGCUUUGAAUUAUGCUGCUUUGAGCUUUCAGCAAAGGUCCUGCGCCCCUAGAAGAACCAGAGAAAAACAUACAAGAUAACUUAAUAUAUGCACAUGAGAAAUUUAGCAAAUAAUCAGUUGAAAAGCUAUAGGCAAAAAAAAAAAAACAAUGAUUAUUGGAGUACUAUUAAAAUACUAUUUCAUUUUUUUACUUCAAAAUUUCACAUAUUAUGCAGUGUGUUACUUAAUGUUUUAUUUGUAAUUCAUUGUGAAAUUUAUUAGCAAUAUCCUGAAUUCAAUGAAAAAUGUUUGUA